AUGAAUGCCGCUCCAGCGCUUGGGUAUCCCGGCGUCUCGCUGGCAGAACCCCAAUCAUCUCCUACUGCGGCCAGUUUUGGCUCCAACAAUCCUUUCCGCAACCGUGCUCUCUCACCCUCGGUCCCGGCUGCAUCCAACAGUCGCCCUGAGCGACCCCGAUCAACCAACCCCUUCCUCGACGACGCAGAAUCUAUGUCGCCGCAAUCAGCUCCUGGAAUGUCUACUGGCGCCACCAUGUUUUCUCCGGUGGAUAAGACCGACAUCUCGAGCAACACCCGUGAGCUCUUCGAGAACCUUUCGCUGAAGCCUUCCCCCCAACCGCCUCGUGCUCGCCCACCUCCUUCCAACACUACUCAUCGCGCCCCGUCAAAUCGCAGACCCCAGCGCCCGCCCGGGCGAUCGGCAGAACCAAAGGAGAAGGACCCGCUUGACAUAUUCGCAGACCCUCCCAGCCUGAACAAGGCUGCGACCAUGGGUCACCGCGACAGACCCUCGCGCAGACCGCGCCGGAACUCCGAGUCUUCGGUGAUGGAUCGAGGCUCCACUAUUUUCGACGAUGAGGACGAGAAGCGCCGACGUGAGAAACGCCACCGUGAGCGCGAAAGUCGCAACAAGGAUGGCAAGUCUCGCUCCACUCGCAAGGACCGUCGACUGGACAUAAUCGAUAAGCUGGAUGUGACUAGCAUCUAUGGAACUGGAAUGUUCCAUCACGAUGGUCCCUUUGAUGCUUGCAACCCGCAUCGCAACCGCCGAGGCUUGCGCACUGCCCCCAUGCAGGCCUUCCCCAAGGGUUCCAUGAAUAUGGCUUUGGGUGGCUCCGGCCCGAACAACUCCAACAUUGAUCUCAACCUUUUCCACGGCAGAAUGGAAGAAGGACAUAAUGACUUCGCUACAGCAGCCCGUCGCAACGCCGACUCGGGUACCAACUUUGAUCCCACUUCCCGUAUAGAUCCCGUUCACGGAUCAGAGAGCAUGGGAUUGGGUACCAGUACUUUCCUCGAUGGUGCCCCAGCAAGUCGGUCCGCCAUGGCACGCCGCCAGAGCGAGAACGAGACUUCCAUGGGACAGAAUGGUGGUCUUGCACGGAAGAAGAGUUUGGCUCAGCGAUUGCGUGGACGCGGCCCUGGCCGUAUCACAUCCCCCACCGACAACAACUACCCUCCAGCAAUUGAAUCCAGCCACUCUGCAUCUUCUCGAGGGAAUGAGCGCAACCCAUACUUCCAAGAAUACGAAGAGGAGUGGGACAAGAAAGGUGCCAGCGUUGAGUCUGGCCUCGAGGGCGGCCGUCUCCGAUCUUCCAGCAGCCCCAAGCAGAGCACUGGCUUGGAGCGCAAGCCAACCCAAGAGCGAGCAUAUGAAGAAUCCAAGCUCAACCCUGGUGGUGGUGGUUUCCUGAACCGCAUGAAGAGCUUGCGCAAGCCAAAGCCCGAGCGACGCACCAGCGACUAA